AACUCCCGUGCCUGCAUGGGAGAUGCGAUGGACAUCGGUGAGACAAAUGAAGACAAGGCAAAGCUUUGGAGCAAUUACUUUCCCAACAACAGAAACUCUUUGAGAAUACCUUGAAGAGGAACAAAGAGCUUGAAGAUGAGGUGAAGGGAUUGAGGCGAGAUGUGUGCAUAGUCCUUUGUGGCAGAGCUGCCACCAACAGCUAACUUUGCGACAUUUUGACUGUCAGGUGAGUGCGUGGAAAAUAGCCUACACAACUACUGCCGAGGAGAAGGAGGCUGCAGUGAGGAAGGCCGAACAGCUCACCAAACCCCUGGAGGAUAUGAAGGCAUGCUUAUCCGUACUUGUUCUAUCGAUUUGUUAUGACUGGUUCUUCCCGCUUGAAUCUUCAGGAACACAACCCAAUCGCCCUGGCUUUACUGGACGGAGAUGGUUGCAUAUUUUCUUCACACUAUUGGAGCCAAGGAAAAAAUGGUGGACAACUUGCAGCAGCUCACCUGCACCGUGGACUCUCGGCUUCGGCGGGUCACAACUUCCGCCUAGUAACUUUGAUAUACUUUAACAGGACGGGUCUUGGAGAUACCCUUCUUUCUAGCGGGGUAUGCUCGCGAAAUGGAUUUGAGGAUUUUAUAGUCGGCUUCAAUCAAUCGGAUCCACUAUUUGUCAUGAUCGAUGUAGGCAAGGGUAAAGAGGCUGCAGACGCAAAAAUCAAGGAGAUGCUGAAAUUAUUCGCCCAUAUUCCUCAAACUAACUUGAUAUGGUUUGGAGG